AUGCCUGGAUACGCUCAGCAAGCUGCGGCCAAGACAAACACCUCCGAUAAGAAAGGUCACCCGCCCAAGGAGCGAAAAGAUUGUAGGCCAGAUCGGGUGAAGCCCAUGAAGUUCGAGAACGAGAGUGGCAAAUGUGGGAAUCCAGCAGAGGAUAAUUGGCGCCCGGGUAAGCGAAUGAACAUCCAGGCGCAGGACACGGGACGAAUACAGAACAAGACGAUCGUGUCUGUGGAAAGCCCAGACUGGAUGAAGUCUUUCUUCGAGAACAACCGCGGCUACUUCGAGCAAAAGGGGAUUGCCCAGAAGUUGAAGAAGCCCGCGAAAGGUGAAGAAGGUCAAGGCCAUGCUGCAGGUAUUGGCAGCGCAGCCAAACCGCAAGGAAAGAAGGUAGGAGCCGCACUGCGAGACGAGACGGGCGUCGCGCUGAGCCAAAACCUGGGCUCCGAGGGAAGCCCGGAUUGGAUGAACAGCGCUCGCCAGUGGACCAAAAUCGACAGAGAAUCGCCUGGGAGCUGGCAACGUGCUGGAAAUGACAGGUUCACUUUCAUGGUGCCAAAAUCGAAGAGUAGGUCGGCCAACAACAUGCAGCACUUGGUCGUGUCCGAGCACACGCCUGAAUGGAUGCAGGUUGCCUCAGCCUUGGAGAAUGUUACUCGGGAGACCCCUCGUAGAGCACGAUCGGCCGACGACUUGUCAAGGCCCGCUGGUGUUGACACUCAUCGCAUUUGGGACCAGUCCUUUCGCAACAAAGCCGGUGGCUACGUCCACCCAUCGACUGGCUGCGUCAACUACAGCAGCCAGCAGUCGCCAGACUUUCCUUUCGAUUCUGGAUUAGAGCAUCGCCAGGCAUUUGAGGAGACUGCACGUUCACAACCGAAUUCUGCUCGAAAGACUUAUUUCGACGAUGGCAAGAUUUCAGCAGGAGACAAGCUGAAGGACAGGAAGAGCAAAAAAGGCACAGUCAUAGAUGCAGGCACCGGGAAGGUUGCAAACUACUCCAUUGUCUCCGUAGAGAGCCCGCAUUGGAUGAAGCAGCCCUUUGAAAGCAAUCGUACUUUUUUCGAGAAGCAGGGCGUGGCCCAAAAACUGCGGUCCAUGUCCUCCCAGGAGCACGAGAACCACUUCGUGGCGGGUCGCAGAGUGCCAGAGAGACCGAAGCAGGUCUUCAAGCAGGUUAAGAACGAGGAGGGAAAGAUCCAGAACCUCAGUAUCGUUUCUGUUGGCGCACCUCAGUGGAUGAAGUCGCCAUUCGAGUCAAACCGGCCAUACUUC